AUGUCAAAAAUGUCAAAAUUCGACAGUGAUGGUUUCCAAAUAGUUACCUCGAAACGUUUUUCCAAAAAUAAACCGACGAAAAUCCCUGCUAAAGAAGCGUUAAUUGAAAAGGAGGAAACAUUAAUCGACAUCGAGAAAGCUAUAAGCCGCAUAAAUUCUGCUGUGGACGACUUAAAAGUUUCUAAUUACUUAAAAGAGGUGUCAGUAUCUGUGAGUACCUUAGUUCAAUCCAAAAAAGUUGCUGAAAUAGUUUGUUUUGGACUUGGGCAUAUAGGAGAGUGCCAAAUAUCUAGACACCAGUUGGCAUAUUUACUAUGUUUGAAAGACAUCUGCGGGACUUCUAAAGUGUUAGCACACGAUCCUAUAUUUUACAAAAGUGAAUGUGAUAUUUUAAAGAGGUUAAAUAUCGAAGUUAUUGAUGAAAACAAGGAGGGCGAUUACAUAAUUUCUGAUAAAGAAAUUACUAUAGUGUACCUACCACAUUGCCCUAAACAACUCACUAACAACUUUCUUUGGAGCAAUUGGGGUGUCAAACUACAAAAUUGCAUUCUAAUUUGUAACAGUUUUACAUCAUUAAUUGAAAAUCAUCCCAGUAGAAUUACAUUAAAAACAGUACCAUACAUCUAUAAUAUUUAUCCACAUUGUACUGAAAUUCCAUUAAAAAAUAAUUUCAAAUUCACUGAUAUUUUCAACGACACAGCAAUUCAUUAUUUCCCAGAAGAUAAAUUAGAAAAACUCAAUUCGGAAUUUUGGAUAAAAGGUGAUAAACCACAGUACGAAAAUAGUGAAGAAUUCAUUACAUCUCUUAUGAUUGAAAAGCUGAACAUUUAAUUCUUUUGAAGGUUUGAAAAAUGGCACAUAUUACUUCGAAGCCAGUCCUUGUGACACUCCGUCAACUUCUAUCGGAGAUUCGUAAGCAAAGUUCAACAAAGAAAUUGGCUGAAAAUCAGACUGCAAGAUAUAUCUUGG